AUGAAUCAACCUAUUACUUAUUCAUCUUUAAUAUCUCUAUCAUUAGCUAAAUUCCCACAAAUUUACAUGUAUACAGAUGGAUUUAUGAGCAAUGACUUUCAAUUAAUUAGUUUUAAUAGUGUUCAUGGUAAUCUAUUUCAUGAUUUUCAAAAUACUGUUUUUAGAAUUAUACCUGUCUUAAACUUUAAAUGGACUUAAAAAUUAUUAAAGGAAAUAGUUUAAGAAGAUUUCUAGAAACUAAGUGAAAUUUAAAGUAAUUGAUUUAUAUAUAAACAAAGUCGUAAAACAAAGAAAAGGUUAGAUUUAGAGUUUAAGAACAAAUUUAGAUGGAGAAGUUACAUCUAAUAUAUCAUUAACAAGUAAAUUAACAGGAGUACCUUUAAUAUUUGGUUCAUCUACAUUUAUGCUUGUUCAUGUAACAUCACUCAAAUUUUUAACAUUAAAUGAUGAAAAUCCAGAAGAUCUACAUUUUUAAUUAAAAGAUUUUCCAGAAGAAGGUAGCAUAAUGAAAUUCACUCCUUGUCUUAAUUUCUAAAAAUUACGAACUAACAUAGUAUAUAAUAAAGAUGCUGUUAUAUUGUCUAGUACAAAAGUUGUUUGCAAUAGACCACCUUCAUUAUAUACUUUCUAUAAAGGAUAAGAAUAUAAAUAUAAAGAAUCAAAAGACAAAUAAUUAAAGAAAUAAUUUCAAUAGGAAAUAAAAAAGAGUAAGAUUAUUGGAAGUAUAGAAUAUUAAACUAGAUGGAGAGUUGAAGGAUAUCAUUGUGCUAGUAAUAAUGAAAAAUAAUCUGAAUUUGAUGAUUAUUUACAUGUUGGAGAUGUAAUUGCACUUUAUUUAUCAGAAUUAAAAUUACAUGUUAAUGCAUUAAAACCUUAUGAUCCAUUCAAGAAGAUAUUAUAAAUAUUAAAAAUUGAAAAUUUAACAUCUGCUGAACCUUAAACUAAACAUAAAGAUUAAUUAUUAAAAUUAACAAAAACAUAAUAAAAUUUAGAUAAAGAAUUUAAUCUUAAUUAAUCAGAUGCUAAAAUCUUAAAAAAAAUAUUAAUUGAAGAUGUAAUUGUUACAUUUUAAAAUUUCAAUUAUUUUAAUAGUACUGAAUCUUAAAAGAAAUUAUAGGAUUUACCAAAUAGUUGUUUUUGGAAAAUUGAAAGUGCAGAUUAAAUGAGUGGAGGAAGAGUAGAUUGGAAUAAAAUAUAUAGAUUAAGACAUUUUUAAACUGGUAGAUAUUUAUAAAUUACAAAAAAUGGAAAUUUAGUAGAUAUGGAAUUAAUUUCAGAGCCUAAUUAAAAUGCUUUAUUUAAAUUCUCUUAAAUUUAGAAUUCAGAAGAUUCAGAAGUAACAUAUAUUAAAAGAGAUUCAUUUUAUUAUUUAUUACAUAUUGUAACUGGUCAAUAUUUAGGUAUUAGUGAUGAAGUAAAUGAAUUAAAUCCAAAGAUUGAAUAAUUAUCAAAAGAAGCUGAAGUUGAAGUUAAAUAGGCAUAUUUAUCUGUAGUUUAAAAUCAUUAUACUACAUUUAGAGUAAAAAAGAUUGAUUUUUCUGAUAUGUGGGAAACCUAUAUGUUAUAAUAUAGUUUACCAUUCUUUUUAGAAGCUAUUGAUUAUAUUUAAAAAUUACAUUAAAAACAUAUAGUAAAUAGUACUAUAGCUUAUAAUGAUGAAGAUAUCAAAAGCAAAUUACAUUUUUAUUAAAUAUUUUUAAAAUUAGAUAGAAUGUUAGAUAUGUAUUGUGAAUUUAUAAAUAAUAAAUUAAUUUCUAAUAUUAGUACUAAAUAAGAAUAUUCUUAUAUUGUUACAAAUAGAUAAAAUGUAGUAAGAGAAUAGAAUAUAUUUAUAUUAUUAGUUUGGAUGUUAUUUAGAUGUUUUCCUAAUAGAUAAAUUAUAGAAAAAUAUCCAUAAAAAUUUGAAGCAAUGAAAAUUGAUUUUAUGGAUGAAAAAGAUUUUAUAUUUCGUGUAUAAUCAUUUCUAUAGAGUAAUACACUUAAACAUCAUCCAAGAAUGCUUGUUAAAUUAGAAGAUGGACAUAAUAAAAGAUAGAUAUAUUUAUCAUAUAAAGUAUAUAUGACAAUAAAAGAUUUUUGUAAAGAUAAUAAAAAUAAUUAAAAAACUUUGAUGAAACUAUUAAAUAUAUUUUAUAAUCAUAUAGGUUUAGGUGAUUAGAUUGUUGAUACAUUAGCAAAUUCUAUUUCUAAAACUAAAUCAAUUUUAUAAUAAUUACCAAAAACUAUGAUAAGUAUGCCUUAAAAGCCUAAUUAAGAUGAACAUCAUUCUCAAUCAGCAUCUUAAGAUAAAUCUUAAUUAUAGAUUGAAUAAAAUAAGAUUACAGAUUAAUCUAAUUUAUCUAUGACUACUCCUCAUAAUAAAAGUAAAGACAGAGUUUCUUAAAAGGAAAUUGAAUUAUAAAGAGAAAAAGAAAAAGAAUAAUAAAAAUUAAAAGAAUAAUAAGAAAAAUAAAAAGAAAAGGAGAAAUAAUAAAAAAAUGAAAGUAAUUCUCUAUAAGCAAUUAUUUUAAAAUUACUUGAAUUUCCACCUUUUUCAAAACCAGAUAUAAUAUAUUUAUUAGCAACUGUAUGUUAAUCUUAAGAAUCACCAGUAUUUGUUAAUUAAAAUUUAAUAUAUAGAGCAUUUUUUGAAAACAAAUUAAUUUAUAAUCAUGCAUUUAUGAAAUUAACAUAUAAAUUUGGAGAUUUGUUACUUACUUGUUAAGAUAAGAAUGAUUAACCAGUAACAAUAAAAUUUUUAGAUUUUUUUGAUGAUCCAAGAUUAGAAACAGGAUCUAAUUAUUAAAGAUAAUUUGAAUAUAUAAAAAAUGAAUUAAAUUUAAUAGCAAAUUUAUGUUUAAGUAGAAAUACUUUAGCUUGUAAAACAUUUUAAUAAACAUUUUUAUUUAAUAAAACGUUACCAUUUGUAGAAAAUAGUAAUUUAAAAGAAGAAAUUAGAGCAGUAUUUUUAAAAUUAAUAAGAGUAUUAUAUAUAGAUUAAGAACCUUAUUAAACAUAAAAAAGACCAGAAUUAGUUAGAGAAAUUAUAUAUGAUAAAUCAAUUUUAACAACUAAACUAAUAAAAUAAGAUGGAGGAAUAUUAUCAAUGUUAAAAAUGAAUGCUAAUAAUUAUGUAUCAUUUGAAGAAAUUUAAAAACGUUAAUUAGAACCAUUAAUAUCAAAGGAUACAAUAUUAUAUUAAACAAUGAGAGUAAAAAAAUUAAAACAAUAAUAAAUUAAUUGGGAAAGAAUCUAAAAAGAAUAAGCAAUAGAUGAAUCUGAAGUAGAAGAAUCAGAAGAAGUUAAAAAAUUCUUAUAAUCUUUAAUAAAAAUUUUAAUUUAACAUAUUUAAGAAUCUGCUUCAAAAUUGACUUCUUUAAAAUAAGGUAGAUUAAUUUAUAAUAUAUUAACAUUAGAAGUUAUUUAAAUAGUUAAAUUAAUAUUUUAAUUUGGUUUUUUUAAUUAAGAAUAUAUUAAACUUCCAAAUUAACAUACUAAAAAAUCAUAAGCAAUUAUGAGAGAAAUAGAAAAAUAAAUAAAAAAUUCUGAAAUUGAAUAAAUUAUUUAAUUAUUAGCUUAAUUAUUAGAAUAUGAUGAAUAAUAUAAUUAAGCUUUAGAAAAUGCAAAUGUUUAAAGAAAAUUUAUAGAAAAUAAAUUAAAAAGAGAUGAGAGAAAGAAGAAAAAUGCAUUUGAUGAUUUAGCUAAUUUGGGUAAUAUUAAUCUUGAUAUGAUGAAUUUAUUAGAUGGAGCAGAAAAAUAAAAAAAAGAAAGAAAAAUUAUUCAUUAAGAUAUUGAAAUGGAAAUAAUUAAUGAUCCAUUAUUUAGAAAAGUAAAAUAAUUAAAGAAAAUAUUAGAUAAAUGUUCAAAUAAAACUUUUUCAAUUAAAUAAGAAGAUUAAUUUACAUAAUAUGAAGUUUAAAUAAAGAUGGAAAUUUGUGAAAUAUUUAUAUUAUUAUUGGGAAUGAGAUAAGAUUUUUUAAUUGAUAAUGCAAUUGAUUUCUUUAAAUAAUAAUUUGUACCUUAUUAAGUAAGUUAAUUAGAUGAAAAUCAUACAUACACUGAUUUACUUCCAGAAUUAGGAAUUGAAGUUGGAGAAGAUGUUGAUUCUAUUUAAACUAUGAAAGAAUAUAGUGAAAAAUUUUAAACUGUUAGAAAUUUUGAUGUUAUUUUAGAUAGACCAUUUUAUGAAACAUUAAUAUUAUCAUUAUUCUUUUCAACUGAUGCAAAAUUAUCAAAUAAAAUUGUUGAAUUAAUAGAAAAAUAUUCAAGUUAAAGAUAUGAUUUAGUAUAAAAUUUAACAGAAUUAUAAGUUGUUGUAUCUAUGGAAACUAUUGCCUUUUAUAAAAAAUGGUCAAGAUUAUUAAAUAAAUUAAAAAGAAAUAUACCAAAUUGUUAAGCUUGGUUAUAAUUAGAUACUCCUUAAAAAUUAAAUGGAAGAAAUGAAACUAAUUUCUAAAAAAAUCUUAAAUUAGUUAAAAAGAUUAUUGAUGUAUUUUAAGAAAAUGCUGGUGAUAAUUAAAGAAUGAAAAUAAAAUAAAGAAUAUUUAAACAUGUAGGAGGAUUUGAUUCUAUGCUUGAAUUAAUGUUAUCUUGUAUGAUCAUGAUAGUAAAUAAUAGAUAAGUAUUUUCAUUCAAAGAAGCUCCUACUAGUUUCUCUUAAUAUUAAUAACAUUUGGCAAAAUUGAUUUUAUAAUUAUUGGAAUGUAUCCUUCAAAUUAUGGUAUUCUUUGGAAAGAAUUCUAUUGAAAAUUAAGAAUUAGUAUUUCAUAAAGUUGUACCUCAUUUAACUAAAUAUAGGAGAAACAAUUUUAGUUAAUCACAAUUUAUUACUGAUUUAUUAAAUGAUAAUCCAAAAUUAACUUAACAUAUAAAUAGAGAUAGAGAAAUUGAAUAUUUUUUUAAGUUGAUCAAAAAACAUGGAAGAUACACUGAAUUUAUAGACUUUUUCUUAAUUAUUUUAAAAAAUGCAGAAAGUAAUAAAACUGGUUAAAGUAAUGUUUUAUCUAUGCAUAUAAUCAAUUUUGUUUUAGACAAAAAAUAUUUUGAAUAUUGCAAUGUAAUUAUUAUUAAAUUGAUAUUAGCCUUUUGUUCCAUAACCAAAACUCAAAGGAAAGUCUUUGUUCUAUCAACAUAAACCUUAAUCAUCAUAUCUAGGAAAAUUUAUUAUUGUAAUUAUUAUUUUAAUAUUCUUUAGAUGUUAGCUUAAUGUUUAAAAAAUUAUAUAGGAGUAUCUUUAACUUAUAGAGCUUAGCAAACUUUUAAAUUGAAUUUAUUAUUAGAGAGUUUAGUUUAAAUAUCUUCAGAAGAAAGAGAAACAGCUUUUGAAUAAUUUAAUUAAUUAGAAGUUAAAACAUGCAUAUUUGAAAUUAUUAUGGUUGUUUUAGAAAGAGCAGAGAAAAAGAACUUAGAAAUAAUGUCAUGUUCUUAAAAAAUUUAAGAAUUUCUAGUACUUGAAUCUUAAUUCUUAAACUCAAGACCAUAAUUUUCAAAUGCCUAAUUGAUCUAUCUAUUUUAAAAACAAUCCCCUUUUCUUCUAUAAUACUUUAAAGCCUUUUACAAAGAUGCAGGUGCUAAAUUAUUUUAAAAUGCUGAAUAAUCUAAAGUUGAACGCAAAAAAAUUUAGGAGUAUGGAAAAGCUUUUUUAAAUGCACUUAAUCACAUGAGUUAAAAAACUAUAAUGGAAGAUGUUCCAAAAAUAACAAUGGUUGAAGAAUUAUGUAAAGCUUUAAAAAUUGAUAUUCCAAAAUCAUUUAGAAGACCAGUAAAUUCAGAUGAUGAAUUAGAUGAUGAUGAAGAAGAAUAAGAAGAUGAAGCUGAUGAUAAAGCGAAAUAAAUCUCAAUGGAUGUAUCAAAUGAAAAUACACAUUAAAAAGGCAGUUUUACAACAGGACCACCAUUAGUAAAUGAAAAUACAGCAAGAGCAUUUUUAUAGAAAUUUAAAUCUUUGAAGGCAAAAUAAUUAUAGACAGAUAAAAAAGAUGAUGAAGAUAAUGAAUCAAAAUAAAUAAAUUACUAUUGGCAAUUAUUUGUUUCAUUAUUAUCAGAUAAUGAAUAAGUACAUGAAGCUAUAAAAGAAGAGAAAUAAAUAUUUGCUAAUAGUGUUUGGAAUGUAAGUUAAAUGUUUCAAUCUGAUAUCAAAUCUGAUUAAAAAGAUUUAGUAUUAAAUUAAGAAGAUGUUGUUAAAAAUUUAUUAAAUUAUAUAUAAUAUUGGUAAGUUAAUGCAGCUGAUAAAAAAAGUGUUCUUUUUAUCUUUAAAGCAUUAAAAUAGAUUUUAAAGAAUCCAUUUAGAUCUGAUGAUUUAGAUGAAUUAAGAGAAAGAUAAGAAAUUUUAAAUAAAUUAAAUGCAACUAAAAUAUUAAUGUAAUUAUUAUGGAGUGAAGAUGAAAAUGAUCUACAAUAUUUAACAACUCUUUUAUCCUUAUUUUGUAUGUUAUUAAAAAAAGGUAAUUUAGUUGUAUAAACAACAAUAUUGGAAUAUUCUAAAUCAAAUUAAGAAUGUGAAAAACUUUAUUUUAAAUUGAAUUUAAUAAUUUCUAAUUAUAUUAAUUCUAAUCCAGCUGAAUUAAAACAAUAAGGUAAAUUAUAAACUAAAUUAAUAUGUAAAACUUUAUAAUUUAUGUAAUUAUUAUGUGAAGGACAUAAUUUAUAAUUAUAAGAAUAUUUACAUUAAUAAACAAAUUCAAAAACUUCUUAUGAUUUAGUUUUAUAAAUUGUAAGACUUUAAUAAUGUAUAAAAAUUGAUAAUAAAAAUUAUGGAAUUGUUACUUAAUGCUUUGAUACAAUAACAGAAGUUAUUUAAGGUCCUUGCAAAACUAAUUAAAUAGCUUUAUCAAACUCUAAAUUUAUGGAAUAUAUAGUAGAUGUCUUAUCUGAAAAUGAAAAGUUAUUUGAAACUUAAGAAGUCUAAAAAAAACAAGAAGCAAAAUUACUUGGAGUUAUUUUUAAAUAAGUAUAAACAUAGAAAAAAGAAUUUAAAAGCUUUAAUUAAAUGGGAUAAACAAAAGAACAAUAAGGAAUUAAAAGAAAUAAAAUUAUGGAUCCAACAAAACCUUAUAAUCUUACUUUGCAUCUAGCAAAAUUAGCUAGAUUAAAACUAAAAGCCUUAAUUUCAUUAGUUUCUUUAGUAGAAUGUUGUGAUCUAUAAGAUAAUUUAAUCUUAAGAAUUAUUAGAGCUAUACCUAUAAGAGUGUUAACUAAUAAUAUGUCAAGAGUAUAUUCAUUAUUUUAGUAAUAUUUUAAAGAUGAAUAUAAAGAAGAAUUAUUUGGAAGGGCAGAAUAAUUAAUAAUAUUGACAGAAGAAGAAGAAAAGUAUGAAUUAGUUGUAGAAAUUGGAUUUUAUAUUUAUAUUUUGAUGUAAAUCUUUGUAGCAAGUAAAAAGGGAAAAGAUAUUUUAUAAGAAGACAUAGAAAUGAGAGAAAUAUUAAAUGAAUUUGAUGUUGAUAGAGCAGAUGAAUAAUAAAAUGGUUUAUUUAGUGGAAUUUCUAAAUUAGGAGGUUAGAUGUUAUAAGUAGGAUUGGGAGGACUUUAGAAAUUUAAAUAAGGAAUUGAAGAAGUAGGUAAAACUGAUGAAGAUAGAAGAAAAGAAAAAGAAGCAUAAGAAUUAGAAGAGAAAAAGAAAAAUAAGGAAUUAUUAAAAAAUUCAAUUAGAUUCUUUAAGAAAAACUCUUGUUCUAUUGAAAUAGUUAGAGAUGAAAAAGUUUAUUAAGUAUUCUUUCCAAAAUUGCCUUAUUGUCAUUAAUUGCCAAAAGAUUUAAAAACUGAAUUUCAUGAUGAAGUCAAUAGAUCAAGUGCUAAAACUAAAUUAAAUUAUCUAAUGACAAAAUCUGAGAGCAUAAUUAAAACUAUGAAACAUGAAGAAUAUUUAAGAAUAUUGUUUAAUAUUAAUCCUAUUUUUGGAGCUAUUGCUUCUCAAGGAAAAUUAUGGGAACUUUGCUUAUUUUUAACAACAAUUGCUAUUAAUUUAAUUAUAUUGUUUAGUUAUUCAUAAUUUUUAGUUCCAGAUCAAUAUAUGGAUAAUGAUAGUAGAAUUUAAUAUUAUAGAUUAUAUGAACCAAGAUUAUUAUGGUAUGAUUAACUAAGUAUAACAAAACAAAUUAUUUUAAUAUUGGGAAUAUUAGAUUUAGCAUUCUCUUCCUUAAUUGUAUUUUUCUUUGCCCUUAAAAGAGCUCCCUUAAAAGUUUAUCAUAUUUGGGUUGGAUUUUUCAGUACUUAAGGAUUUUUUAAAAUCAUUAUCAGAUUAAUCAAAAAUUCUUUGGUUUCUAUAUUUGUAUUGUUAUAAGAUUUUGAAAUACUUUAUUAUUCAGCUUAUAUUUUAGCUGGUAUAGUGGGAUUAGCAGCUCAUCCAUUCUUUUUCUGUGUUCAUUUAAUGGAUUUUCUAAAGCUAGAUUAACUGAAAACUGUUGUUUAAGCUAUUUGGAAACCAAAAGUAGAAUUAGGUUUGGCUUUAAUGUUAUUAAUAAUUAUAGAGUAUUAUUUUAAUAUUUUGGCCUGGAUAGUAUUUUAUAAUUAAUAUCCUGCAUCAGAAGAAUCAGGUCAAGAGUAUUGUAAUGAAUUUUGGAGAUGUCUUAUCACAACAUUUGAUUGGACAUUCAAAUUUACAGGAUCUAUAGGUGCUCAUUUAUAAGAUCCAGCAACUUUGGAAGAAUUAUAAAAAUAAGCUGUUUUAUAAGGGGAUGAAGAUGCUUCAUAUGAUUAUGUGAAUGCAGAUUAAACAGCUAUUUAUUAUGAAAGAUUCUUUUUUGAUAAUUUAUUUAACAUCAUGUUGGUGUUUAUUUUAUUAAACAUGAUUUAGGGUAUUAUUAUUGAUACAUUUUCAUCUUUAAGAGAAGAUUUAGCUGAAAAAAACAAAGAUAUGGAAUUUAAAUGUUUUGUAUGUGGCUUUGAUAUGGAAACAUUAGAUAAAUCAAGUGAUAGUGAUAAAGGUUUUGCAUUUCAUAUCAAAUAUGAGCAUCAUAUGUGGAAUUAUGUUUUUUAUUUUGCCUAUUUGCAAUUCAAGGACCCAACAGAAUAUGAUGGUAAUGAAACUUUUGUAAGCAAUAAAAUGGAAAAUCUUGAUUUAGGAUGGUUACCAAUUAAGAAAGCUAAAUGUAUCACAGAUGAAAAUUAAGAAGAUAAAAAAAAAUUAGAAUAAUUAGAUUUAUUGAAUAAGAAGGUAUUAAUAUAUAAAUAUUUAUUAGGCUGAUAAAAUAGAAGAAGAUGUAAAAAAAUAAACAGAAAAAGUAGAAAAAAUUUAUAAAUCCUUAUUACCUGAAUGA